UGGUGAAGGACCAACCGUGUAAGAACAGAAGCUGUGAUUGGUUGAAUGAGACGGCCUCGCUCUGCAGGGCUCUCAGCGUGGACUGAGUGAAGAUGGCGACCUGGUGUGUGCGUGCGAUAAGACUGAGCUCCUCUAUCAUAGCGUACCCUUCACUCGUAAGGGCGACUCCACGCCUCUUUUGCACAGCAGCCCAACAGAAAAGCUCAGGAACUGGGACCGAAGAAGAGAAACCAGAGCCCAGUGCAGCUGAGAAAGCCUUCAUAGAAGAAAAGACACAACUGGAAGAACAGCUGAAGGAUAUUACGGAUAAAUACAAGCGGGCACUAGCAGACACUGAGAACCUUAGGCAAAGGAGUCAAAAGAUGAUUAAUGAUGCUAAGCUUUUUGGAAUCCAGGGCUUCUGUAAAGAUCUCUUGGAGGUGGCUGACAUCUUGGAGAAGGCAACCGAAAGCGUACCAAAAACUGAAAUAUCUACUGCAAAUCCGCACCUGAAAAAUCUUUAUGACGGCCUUGUAAUGACUGAGGUGCAGAUCCAAAAGGUCUUCCAGAAGCACGGCCUUGUUAAGCUUAACCCUGAUGGUCAGAAGUUUGACCCUUACGAGCAUGAGGCUGUCUUUCAUGCACCUAUUGAGGGCAAGGAGCCAGGUACCGUAGCUGUAGUUACCAAAGUAGGCUACAAGCUGCACGGUCGCACCCUUCGGCCAGCUCUGGUGGGUGUAGUCAAAGCCCCCUAACUGGUCGUACACACUAUGAUGGUUAUUGUCUGGUCAGCUGAUCAGUUUCUGUAAUUUAGCUGGUCUUUGUUUCCACAUUUUUUUCUUUGUUAAAGGUACCUCUGAGAGGUGAAAUCCAAUAUAUUGACAACUGAAGGACAAUGCCGGACUAAUCUUUUAUUAAUAAUGAUUAUCAAUAAAAAAAAUAGUUCUUGAGUAUAAGCGCUGGGUGUGUAUGUGGUAGAAGAUUCAGAGAAUUGAAUCUGUGAAUUGAAUUGGCUUUAACAGUAUUUUCUGGAGGAUCGUUACCAUUCCAGGGACUUCUGAGAGCUAAAGAAACAGAAUCUUUUGAAGAAUCUAAAGCUUUUAAAGAAACACUGCAGCAUAUUACCUUGUUGAACACAUUUUAUACUUUUUAAACUCAUUCGCUCUUACUAAUUACUUUAGUGAAGAACGUUACCAGUUUGGUGAUGUCUAUGACAGCAGUAGAGAGAUUCCACUUUUUUUUUUUUUUUUCCAGUGUUAUGCAGGUUUUUGAAUUUAUUUGUAUGAGAGAAUAGUAAGUCUUCUUUACAGAACUUGAAGUUAAAAUUUAUCCAAAAAUAAAUGUUUCAAUAAUUUACCUACUGGCAGUUGAACUUGCCAACUUUCACCAUUAGUUUCAUAGUGUGCAAACCUGAUGAAAUACCGACUAGUGAUGUUUUGUGAAGAUCUGGAUAACAGACAGAUGGCCACUUAAGGCUGCUUGAAUGAUCAGUCAUUUAGAAAUUGUGGUUGUAAUAUGAAAAGAAUGAUGCCAUGCUAAUGGAAAAAUAUGAACGUCAAAUUUAAAAGGGUAACUUUUCCAUCUAUGUGAACAAGCAGACAACUGUCAAAUAAAGCAUAUAUCUCUUAUCAAAUGUAGUAAUAACAUUUUCCAUGGGUUUGUUAUUCAUUUUUGGUGAAAAGAAAGGUGCAAUGGUAUAUUUAGGUUAUUUGAAUGAAAGUAUAUAGUGUACAUAUUUGGAUACAUUUCUUAAAUGGCUCAUAUAAAAACAUGACUGUUUAAAAUUUUCUAAGAACUGCAGUUUUCUUAUAGAUUCUAUUUCGAUUAUGCUUUCUGAUAUGAACAUUUCUUCAGUUUUAGGCAAGGCACCAAUUUUUUUUUACUUAGACAAAAGGUUAUAUUUAAACACUUUAAUACAAAGUAGGAAAUAACAUGACAAAUGCAAUAAAAUACUUAACACAUACUCUGCAUUUUGACAAAUAUGAUCCUUCCAAAUGGAUAAUUUUACCUGAGGACACGCAUGUCAUAACUAAGCAAAAAAAAAAAAAAAAUGUCACAUUGUUUUUUUUUUUAAAUUAUAAAAAUUUACUUGCGAUAGUGUCUUUGUGAUAUCAUGUUCAGUCUCAUAUCCCUGCUCACAUUUUUUCAAAUCAGUUUUUACUGUAGAAAAAUAACUGUGCUCUCUGAAAUAGCAUAUUGAAUGAUUAUUUAAAGUGUAAAUAUUAACCCUAAUAAACUGGAAAAUUUUUCCUUAAAAAAAAAAAAACAAUGUUGGUGUGCGUGACUAAACUAGUCUAGAAGAAUGGUUUGGGAUCUUUAACCAGUGAUCCUGUUUCCUAUAACCAUAAAGCACAAUCUGAAGAAUAACCCUUUCAAAAAUGUAAGCACCUUUAUACAAAUGAAAUAAAGGCAGUGACAGAAUACCCUGGAAAAAGAAGAGACCACAUUUGCAUCAUAACCUACGUUCAUCAUUUAUCAAAUGGUCACAGCCAAUAUCCUACAUAUAUGAGUUUCUCUCCAAGGACAACUCUGCACAUCUACUUUUAAUGGCUUUAGUCACAAAUUUGUGUGGGGAAGUUCCUUCUAUCAUAGAAAUGUGAAGAAAAAUAAUCAAUUAGACACCUAAAUUAAACCUUAACCUUUGUACAUCUUUGAUAUGGUACAAAUCAAUAUUAAAAUAAAAUAUUAAUUACAAGGAAAAGGGAUAAAAACAUCAACCAGGGUAAUUAUGCUUCAAGGCACACAAGAACGAAUGACUGUUUAUGUGACUUUAUAUGUACCAAUGCCUGGAGUCAAAAAUUACAGGGUAUAAAAAAAGAUAAGGACCACCACCUUGGCCUAAACACUGUUAUUUCCAAUAUUGUAUACAUAAAAA